AAACAAAUAGCUUACCAAUAUUCAGCGGAAUGCGGAUUGAUGGUUGGCGGAAUCAAUAUCUAAAAAAGUUCGGUGGAGUCGAUACGCGACGUAAUCGAUAGAUAUCUUACAGGAUCCAGUCUUAAAGUGGUCUCUACCAUGUCGGUGGGAUAUGAUCACAUUGACAUCACGUCCAUGAAAAAAUAUGGUGUACGUUUGGGAAAUACGCCGGGCAUUCUGGUGGAAACAGUAGCGGAAAUCGCCGUGGGCCUCGUCAUAGCCACCACCAGAAGGUUUUUCGAAGCGAACCGCGAAGUGAAAACUGGUGGAUGGCAAGAAUGGGUUCCCGGGUGGAUGUGUGGUAGAAGCAUAAAAGGCUCGGUCGUGGGCAUCAUAGGUUGCGGCAGCAUCGGUACGUCGAUCGCUGAAAAAUUGAUCAAUUUCAAACUGUCCCAGCUUUUGUACACCAGUAGAAGUGAAAAACCAGCCGUCAAAGCCCUCGGUGGACAGUUGGUCACGGUGGACGAGUUGAUGGAGCGUAGCGAUUUCGUCGUGGUCGCUGCGGCCUUGAACGAAGAUACGAAAUUCAUUGUCAGCAGAGAACGGAUCGCCACCAUGAAAUCCAAUGCCAUAUUGGUGAACAUCGGUCGCGGAC